AUGGCCCAGAGUGUGGUCUAUGCCGACCUGAAGUUCGUGGCACGGCCGCCGUCCACCGCGCCCGACGACGAUGACAGUCCCUACGAGAACGUGUCACCGCUGGGGCUGGUGACAGCAGAGCCCAGCCCAGGGCGCUGGACCCGGCCAUGGCGCGUCCCCACAGUGCUGCUGGUAGCCAGCCUGCUCCUGCUGCUGCUGCUGCUGGUGGCCGUGGUGGCCCUGGGCGUUUGCCACUGGCAGGUCACCCGCAGCCUGCAGGACUCCUCCCGUGAGCACAAGGCCGAGCAGGGCCGCCUGUCACAGGAGCUGAGGGCGCAGGAGCAGAGCCUGGAGCAGACCCAGCUGGAGCUGGCGUGGGCCAGAGCGGAGCUGCAGCGCGCGUGGCACGAGGGCAACAUCAGCCAGCUGGAGCUGGACAGGCUGAGCCUGGAGCUGCGCCGCAUCACGGGGGUGCUGGGCAGGACAGAGAGGGAGAUGCAGGAGGUGCAGGGGAGGCUCAACAGCAGCGAGAGGGCCGUGAGCAGCCUGCGUGCCUGCGUGAACACAGAUUGCUGCCCUUCAGGGGGCUGGGUACUCUUCAAGAGCAAGUGCCUCUUCAUCUCGGUGAAAAACAAGACCUGGGAGCAGAGCAGGGACGACUGUGAAAGGAGAUCUGCUCAGCUGCUGGUCCAGGAUGAGUGGUCACCAUGGACAGUGCCGUAUUUUGUGCAUGCAUCUAAGGCGUACUACUGGAUUGGAGGAAAACCUCCUUAUGUGGCAAGGAGAUCUAUGUGGAUGGAGAGCAAACAUCCCUCGAAACGCCAUUCUCCAGACUGCUGGUCACUAGUCCUUGGGGAAAUGUGGAAUCAGCCAUGUAACAAACCCUACCCGUGGAUCUGCGAGAAAUCCCCAAAUCUGAGCCGUGUGCCUGAGCCUCGUCCUCUUUUUCUGGGCGAGGACUGACUGCUGCCACCCUGGCUCCAUCCCUGGAGUCAGGACCAGGAGCUGGGUGUGCACCCUGG